AUGACUGAAAGUCUCAGCCAAUGUUGCGAUGCGCUGGAAUCGGCGGUGGAGCUGCUGAGUGGGACCGUAUCGAAGCUGGAAAAUCAGUCAAACCUCAGCAAUCAGCUUACAAUGAGUUUACUCCAACCACGCCGCGUUUUUGAGCUCAUACCAGAGUACGACAUCCAGAGAGCCAAGCUCGACCUGAUUGAGGAGGUGGAACCGCUGGUGAAGAGCUUGAGUGGGAAGUUAUCCAAAAGUCUUGUUAAACUGGAGCGUGAACGAGACACUCUGCAGCAAACGCUUGAGCUCAACUCGCUGCGACUCAAUAACCAAUUCAGCGGCGAGGAAAUGUCGGAUCCCGACGUCAGCUCAGAUUUGGUGAUCAUGACCUCGUCCACUACCGAAGAACUAGACCAGUUGAAAAAGCUAAAGGCACAGAAAGCACAACUUAUCAGCAGUAUACAGGAGAUACAGAGCGGUGAGCAAGGAUAG